CACAUAAUACUCACAUUUAUUAGAUUUCGCUGUAAAGCUAUCUAGGAAAGACCAUUCAUAUCAAAUGGCUCACAUUGACCCUUCGAGAGUGUAGAACAGUUGUCGAAAUGGGUUUUAAAUUAUAUCUGUGUAUUCUUUUAUUAAGUUUUUCUCGUAUUUCUUACCAGAAAAGUCUGACUUUCGUAAUUGAUACCACAGAGUCUAUGAAAGCGGAGUUAGAAGUGAUCAACCAUCAUGUUAGUUCAGUGAUUAACGGUGUACAAAAUUCUAAUGUGUCUAACAUUCAGAAUUAUAUUGUAGUGCCUUUCAAUUACCCAGACGUCCAAUCACCGAUAUCCAGCUCCAACCCUGGUGACUUCCAGACCACCCUCUCAGGUCUCCGGGCCAGUGGGGGCCGAGACUGUCCUGAGAACUCACUGUCUGGACUGCAAAAGGCGUUGGAAGUCAGCGAUGCGGAGUCCAAGAUAUUCAUGUUCAGUGACGCCUACGCCAAUGAUCAUAGCAAGCUGUUUGAGAUCAGAAGAUUGUGUGAAACCACUAAGAGCCAGGUGUCCAUAUUCCUCAGCGGCAGCUGCGUCCAGGUGGGCUCCAGGUCCGCAGGCAGUGUCCAGGUCUACUACGACGUGGCCAGCGCGUGUUCGGGAGUCGUAUUCCACAUUGGCCCGGCUUAUUUGAGACAUGCUUUUAAAUUCAUGAAGGAGAUAGUAACGGAAGAAUGGACAGACAUAUCUACAGAAGGUCCUUUCAUGGAUGAAAAAAAUAUUCCAUUGUCAGUUACUCCACAAACUCGAAACUUGAUGUUGGCAGUAACAGGGGAUUUCCCUUCGCUAGAAGUUCUGGACGAAGAUGGCAACCCACCCCUUUUUAAAUGGGUCACUGACACACGAUAUGCAAUGGUUGUCCGUUUUAUGAAUUUGAAGCAGGGCACCUACAAUUUAAAGGUGUCCAGUAGAAAUUCAACAAGACUAACAAUUUUCAGUAAGAAAGUCUUUCCAUUUGAGUACGGAUUUUCUACCAGGGUCCCAAGAAAUUUGAGGGAGACUAGCAAAAGGCCUAUGCCAGGUUGGACAAAUCAUUUUAUUAUUACGGUAACCGGCAACGAUAAUAUAAGAUUGGACGCUGUUAACUUUUUAAAUAGCGAUGGAAGUAAUCUAAAACUGAAUGUCACUGAGGCAAAAGAAAAUUCUGUAAUGUACAGAGGAAGUUUGUUUGUAAAUCCAAGAUACAAGUUUCAAAUGGAAAUAUCGGGAACCAACAUUGACAAUUCUGAAAGCUUUUCCGUUGUAUCAAGUUUAAUUGAACCACAGAAAAACGGUCCAAGUGAGCCAAAAUGGAUUCCGCCGUCAGUAGAAAUGAUUGACUCGGACACUGUAGUAGAGUUUGGGUCAGACCUGGUGGUGGCCUGCCGGGUCACCGCGUACCCCAGACCGGUCAUCUUCUGGCCCGACACUACUGCAAGAUAUGAUUUUGAGAAUAUGUUACUAGAAAUGCCUUCAGUCUAUAUGAGUUACAUGACUCUGAAUAAUAUUACUGCCAACAUAACGCAUUAUUGCGAAGCUCAAAAUACACUCGGAAAAGAUGCCAAAAGCAUUAAAAUUUCCGUACACAGGAACCCUGUAUUUGACAUUAUACAAAAGCCAGAAGACAAACAAAUCAAAUUCGGCGAAGGAAACAAGUUGAUAUGCGAGGUCUUGGCAUUCCCAGAAGCUACAAUCAAAUGGUAUCACAAUGACACUUUAAUAGAGGAAGUAGCCGAAAACGUUGGGGAGCAUGUGAUUUCAGUUAUUGAAAUUAAUAAUAUGAGUUUAGACAAAGUUGGUGUUUACACUUGCGAUGUGACGAACACUGUUGAAAGCUAUAGAUUUUCAGCUGAUGUUACGAUUACUGGAAUAGAAAUACCGGUUAUAGAUUCAGAGGUUUCUUAUAUAAAACUUAACACUGGUGUUACAAGUGAUUUGGAAUGCAGAAUAACUCAAGGAAAACCAAAACCAUCAAUAACAUGGAUGUUUGCCACGCAAGAGGCACAUGAUUUCACAGAUUUCCCUAGCGAUGUUAUCGUUAAUGAAAACAAAUUACAGUUUUCAGAAGUGAAACGUGAACAUAGAGGCGUUUACAGAUGUCAAGCUGAAAAUGUAGCGGGGACCGCGUACCAUGAUAUCAUUGCUGAAGUCCAAUACGCACCAAUAUUUGAAAUAGUAAACCCUAAAACUGUAGAAGUAACUGAGGGUUCUCCAGUUGAGCUGUUUUGUCGAGUGAACGCCGACCCGCAGGCAACGGUCCAUUGGGAAACGAGAAAUGAAUUAGUUUACGAUGUCGAUGAGAGAUAUCGAACUGAUGAUGAUAACACUUUACGAUUCUACGCGCUAUGGAAAGAUUCUGGCAAAUUUAGUUGCAUCGCCGAAAACGUAGUCGGUAAAUCUGAAAUGGUUACCAACGUCAAUGUACUGGUGGCGCCCUACAUCAGGCCACCAUCACCAGAGGUGAUGUCGGUGUAUGGUGGCGACGAUAUAGAUCUGCCCUGUGUGAUCGAGUACGGGAACCCUCGCCCCAGCAUCUCAUGGGAGUUCACAGCGGCCAACGGGACUACUUACCGAUUGAAAAAUAAAAACGAAAGGCUGCGGCUAGAAGACGUGCUGCUCAGCCAGGCCGGGGAGUACCACUGCGUGGCCGUCAACAAGAUGGGCCCCGACCGCAUCCGGAUCAUACUCCGGGUCCUCCCUUGAACCAGCCAGCACAGGGUUACCACCACCGAACAUUAGCCAUUCACAAUCCAUAAACAGCGUUGCAGGCGACAGAUGAGCGACGCUGCUUGAGAGGAUUGUUAAUUGCUAAUGUGUCUAUAUCAAUAAAUAGAGUUGUAGAGUUCGGCAAGGUUUACUUUGUUACAAAAACAAGUGUAUCAUUAGUUAUAUUAAUAGAUAAGUUUACAACU